CUUACCCUUGUCUACUCUACCUCUAGCUAGCUGCUCUUCAUUUUUUACUUAAAACCUCAAACAGAAGAAACAUAUAUGACUGCUGCUCAUCAUCAUCAUCAUGCUUCACUUCCAAAAACCCUUAAUUUGCUUCUGAUAAGGUAAAGAAUAAUCAAAGAUACAGUAGUACUAGUCUCAAUUUGCUUUCGUUUUUUUGAGGUUGUUGUUAGUUAGGGUUAAAUAAUGGAUCCAGUCACAGCACACGGCCGUCCUCUCCCACCGCCUUUCCUUUCAAGAGAUCUUCAUCUACAUCCCCACCAUCAAUUCCAGCACCACCAGCAACAAAAUUCCGAGGAAGAACAAAGCGGUAACGCCGGCCGUGGCCAGAAGCGAGAUCGCGACGAAAACAACACCACCACCCCCACCGCGGCCGCCGCCGCCGCAAUCGAAAGCUUAAGCAAGGAUGCUUUCGGGUCGGGUGGCACCGGAUCAGAGGGAGAGAUGACGAGAAGACCCCGGGGCAGGCCUGCCGGGUCGAAGAACAAGCCGAAGCCGCCCAUCAUAAUCACCCGCGACAGCGCGAACGCCCUCCGAUCCCACGUCGUCGAAGUCUCCAACGGCUGCGAUAUCAUGGAAAGCCUCUCCACCUUCGCCAGGCGCAGGCAAAGAGGGGUUUGCAUUUUGAGCGGGAGUGGCACCGUCACUAACGUCACCCUCAGGCAACCCGCUUCGCCCGGUGCAGUCGUCACUUUACAUGGAAGAUUCGAGAUUUUAUCCUUGUCCGGCUCAUUCUUACCUCCUCCGGCACCGCCAGCAGCCUCCGGACUGACCAUUUAUCUCGCAGGCGGUCAAGGCCAGGUGGUCGGCGGCAGCGUCGUGGGCCCCCUUCUAGCCUCUGGUCCGGUGGUAAUAAUGGCUGCAUCAUUUGGUAAUGCAGCAUAUGAGAGGCUCCCAUUGGAGGAGGAAGACCCAGGGGUUCCAAUUCCCGGAGGCGGAUCUCUCGAAUCCCCUGGAAUUGGCGGACAGCAACAGCAGCAGCAACAGCAACAACUAAUGCCUGAUCCGAACACACCUCUUUUUCAUGGGAUGCCGCAAAAUCUUCUCAACUCGUGCCAAUUGCCAUCCGAGGCCUACUGGGGUGGCAAUGGUCGCCCUUCUUAUUAACAA